UCGAUCGCACUGCUCCCGGACAUGAACGCGUCUGAUCUUUUUAACGACAUGCGGGUACAACCCAUGGCCAACAGCGCAGUAUACUUAGGGAUUGUAAUGUCGGAUGCACUAUUGAAUGGCACUCAGAUAGAGGCCAUCAUGCAAAAAGUCGUUAACCGUAUGGCGUAUUGCGCCAAACGACUUCAGGCGGGGGAUGAUGAGUUCGAGGAAGGAGAAAUCAAGGAGGCCUUUUGUGCAGAAGAGCACGAUGGAAUUUACCUAGAGUUGGGGCUGCUCCUAUCCUGCGAGAUGAGGGAUAGGAACGCAAGCGCCAAAGCGCAGAAGGUGAGGCACCUCUACGUAGUAAGGGACGACCACUUAUUCAUAAAGCGGCAGGUCGGGAACCCCAAAAGGAUUGUAUGUGGGAGGAACCGGCAGAUUGAUAUCAUAGCAUCUCUACACGAUGGUAUAGCAGGUGGACACAGAGGGAUAGGUGCCACAUGUGCCAAGAUAAGCGAGUUGUACCAUUGGGAUGGAAUGCUGGCUAUGGUUAUCAAGUACUGCCAGUCUUGCGUACCUUGCCAGGAGAGGUCAACGCAAAGGCCAGGGGAACCCCUACACCCAAGGUUGGAGAAGGAAGUAGAUGCAGUCGUACAUCUGGACCUGCUGUUCAUGCCAGUCGGAGAGAAUGGGUGUAAUUACAUCUUCAAUGCGCGGGAUAACCUUACUGGGUUUGUGGACGGUCGAGCCAUUCGCACGAAGACCGGCCCAGUUUUGGGGAGCUGCAUCGAAGAGCACUACUUGCGUUACCCUUUCGUCAAAGAAUUCGUGAUGGACCGAGGGUCAGAGUUCACCUGCAAUGAGGUGCGAACCUUACUCGCAGGGUAUGGCGUGGUGGCUAACUAUACUACGGCCGCGCAUCCCCAAGCGAACGCACCUGUGGAGAGGGGACACAGUACCAUCACGAACCUCUUGGCUAAAUGGACGGAGGGCAAGCCUGGCCAGUGGCCGAAGUUCCUGCGGGCGGUUUUCUUCGUAGAAAAUGUCAUAGUAAAGAGGACUACCAAGUACGCGCCAGCCAUACUAUGGGGAGCUGCAGGGCGAAGAGGUUAUUACCGUCAGAGACGAUACCCCUCCUCCUAUCCCGAUUCCGGAGCAGACGCGGCAUAUUGGCCUGAGGGGAUUCCUGAGCCGGACAGCGAGGAGAUGCCGGUACCUUCAUCGGGGACCGCUACGCCGCCUCCAAAGCAGGCUGAGCCAGAGGAGCGAGAGGGGAGCGAGGAGGUGAGGGCUCAUAUGAUUGUGACACUGCAGCCAGCCGGGCAUGUAGCUGAGCCCAUGGAUACUGAGGCGCCGACUUUGGAGGAGCCACCACCAGAGUUACCAUCGGCGGAGGAGGGGGUGAGUGCAGGAGCUCCAGUACGAGGGGCCCACAAGGCACAAGCGGAGAGGCCACUAAGGGAGGCGGCUGAAGAGAAGCUCGCAAGAGUGCAGGUGCGCCUCGAGGAGAUAUACCUGGAAAAGGUCAGGAUGGAGGCUGCAGGGGAGGCACCAGCACCACGAGUCGAUCCGGGGACCAAUAAGAGGGCACGGCAGUCGGCGACCACGUCCUUCCAGCGAUACACCAUGCUUAGUGAUGAGUUGGCGGCCUCGAGGUCGGAGGUGGAACAAUUGUCUACUCAGCUGGUGGAAGAGAGGGCAGAGAACCAAGCCUGGAGGUCCCGCAUGGAGGCCAAGGAGGCGGAAUGGGAGAAGAGGCUUCAGGACAUGGCGACGAUUGUGGAAGGGCUCUCGGCCACUAAGGUGGUCGAUUGGACAAAGCAGAGCCGGUAUGGUAUCCAGGGCAAGGAAGUACAAGGGCUCUUCGCCCAGGGAGGGACGGCAGAGCCAUCUCAGCGAGAGGGAAUGAAGAAGGUAUUUCUGGACCCAGCGGAGGUAGAGGCAAGGCGGAAGGCCAAUGAGGGGAGUUUCAGCUUCAGGGCCCCCACCGAGCUAGCCUCGCAGCAGGCGACCCCUAUGGCGGGUGAGACCCCUACGGAGGAGCCAGCACAGAGAUCUCAGCCCCCAUUGACAGAGGGGGGCCCUACAGAGGAGUCCCCUACAAUUAUAUUGGAAGUGCAGGAAGGUACCCUUACGGGGGCAGCAGCGUCCACCGAGCCUGAGGGGAGGAGGCAUCUCGUUUGGAUGAACUAGUGGCAGCCAUGGAGCUAGACAUGCCGUCAGAGGGGCCUCAGAGACACG